GUGAGACAGGCACAAACCCAACUGGAGUUAUAAACACUUCUGUGUACCAGCAAAGUCUCUUUGGAAUUGCAGAAGACUUUCCCAGACCAAUCACUACCAAUCGAGAAAAACCAUCAAGCUUACACGAUUUAUUUGUACUUGAGAAGGAUCUACUAUUUCCCCGCUUAAGGAUGGUGUUCAAUCUCCGAACCUUCAGUUUUUCCGAGUCCGUUGAAGAUGAUCCAACACCUCCUAAAAGCUUCUCUCUAAAGGAGCUCCGAGUCGCGACAGACAACUUUAGCCACGACAACUUCUUGGGGGAAGGUGGAUUCUGCAAAGCUUACCGGGGGUGCUUGGCUGAUGGUUCUCUCGUGGCAGUAAAGAGAGUGCACUGCGUCGAUCAAUGGAGGGAAGAGUUCGAAGCAGAAAUACAAGUGGGAAGCACAGUUUCGACACACCCAAACGUGCUAUGCCUGAGGGGCUUUUGCCGGACCAAGAAAGAGCUCUUACUAGUGUAUCCCUUGAUGAUCAACAAUAGCCUAUCUUACAAUCUUAGAGGGAGACCUGAUCGGUGUGCCCAACCUCUCGAUUGGACUACUCGCAAGCGAAUAGCCUUAGGAGCAGCAAGGGGGCUUGCGCACCUUCACAAUCAAGGUAACAUCAAGAUCAUGCAUCGCGGCAUCUGCGCGUCAAAUAUAUUGCUGAAUGUGCAUUUUGAGGCCGUGAUCGGAGGAUUUUCGUUUGCCAUGAUCAUGCAUGAGAGAAAUGUAGAGGUAGGGACUAUUGAGUGGCCUGCGUGCAUGCCAAGUUCGGGCACGGGAGUCUCAUUCUCAUCACCGGCAGGAGAAAAUUCAGCUGAUUCUGGCUCCGAUUUUCAAUCCUAUCAUCGCUAUGAAGAUGUUUAUGUCAACACCCCCGUCCGUGGCACACUUGGGUUUGUUGCCCCCGAGUACAUCUACACAGAUAAGUGCACACUGAAGAAUGAUGUCUUUGCAUACGGGAAAAUGCUUCUCGAGCUCAUCUGGGGACAGCCGAUUUACCCUAAACAUGGCGAAAUUUUCUGCUUGGAGGACUGGACUAGAAAACAUAUGAACGAAGACCAGUUGGGAAGGGACGAGUUGGGAAGGGUGAUCGAUCCCAAUUUGCGGGGGAAUUACAUGGAAGAAGAAGCAGAGCGACUAGUCCGAUUGGCAUUGUUGUGCGCACACGAGGAUCCAUCUGUUCGACCAGAGAUGUCUGAAGUGGUUCGAAUCCUUGAAAGCCAGUUUCUUCAGCGGGACCCUAGUACAAGGAGUAGUUGGGGUCAAAGUGACUAUGACUCAACUCCGUACUACUCUUUCCCUCCUUCUCCUUCUCCUCUGGGGAUUGCUCCAUGACUGGCAUGUCAAUGCUACACCAUCACCAUUGCCUUCUACCUUCAAUAACAAGUUUAGCUUCUAUGUUUUUCUUCCUAAGCGAUAUAUGUUCCUCUUCACUUUCAUUUGCAUGAUCUUUCUGUAA